AUGGUCGGCACAAAGCGCAGACGCGACGAAGAUGAUGUUGAUGAGGGGACACCGCACAAGUCACGCGCACGAUUUGCAGAAGACGCUCCCGAUGAGCUAGAACCCCCUGAAGCGCAGACACCGUCCAGAAAGGGGAGGACACAAUACCUGGCCGAGCAUGGGACACCACGAUCCAUCUUGAAAAAGACGGGCCUGAUAAAUGGAGUGACCGCGACGCCCAAGUCCACCCGGAAGCUGGUCUUCGAAACGCCUACCAAAUCCGCAAAACGAGACUCGCCAAAUGGCACACCAACCAUCGUUCGCAACGCUGAUCGCAGCGCACGCAGGAAGAGCAACCGACGCAUACUGGAGCGCACACUGAAUGGCGACGAGAGCGACGAGGAUGCAUUGGAUGAGGAGGAAGACCUUGCAGAACACAUCUUAGGAGAAGAAGCAGAAGACACUGAGCAGGGUGAAGAAGGAGCGGUACAAGAUGAAAUACCUGUGCCAGAGACACCCUCGAAGCGUGGGAGAGGCCGACCUAAGGGAUCAGGAAAGGUAGGACGACCGCGAAAGCAGCGUUCGCCCACACCUCCAACUGAGCUGCCUCCGCACGAGGAGUACUUCUGGCAGAACCGCCCAGGGGGCACCAAAACCUCCAACAACACACUGUCUGCGCAGAGCUUACUCAAUCAUGAUGAAUACUUCCAAGCCAUGCAAACGUAUCAGGACCGCCACCAAUCUGAACGAGAGUUCUUAGUUGAAUUGCACAGCCGCGCAUACGAUCAAUGGAUCUUCGAGCUGGAGGAAGACUUCAACAUCUGCCUCUAUGGCUACGGAUCAAAGCGCAUCAUUACCGAGCGGUUCACCGCACGCCUUUAUCAACAUCUUGUAAGCUCCGCGCCGUACAAGGGAACGAAGAAGACGCCGAAGAUUGUGGUUAUAAAUGGAUACACAGCUGGUACAACAAUGAAAGACUUGUUGUUGACUAUAGCAUCAGCAAUUUUGCCAUCAGGACCGAAGUUGCCCAAUCAACCUGCACUCCUGCUCGAUUUCAUUCUCGACCAUCUCACGAGCAACCCGCCAUCGCACCCAGUACCCGUCAUUCUGAACUCCAUCGACUCACCCUACCUUCGAAAGUCUCCAGUACCAUCGAUGCUCGCCCGUUUAGCUGCACAUACAUCCAUCAACCUUGUGUGCACGGCAGAUACACCAAACUUUCCUCUUCUAUGGGAUGUCGGCAUGAAGACGCAAUACAAGUUCCUGUUCCACGACGCGACAACCUUCGCACCCUACGAUGCGGAGAUAGAUACGGUUGAGACGGUGAAUGAGCUCCUAGGACGUAGUGGUAGACGAGUGGGCGGAAGAGAUGGUGUAGGCUUCGUCUUACGGUCGCUACCAGAACAAGCCCGAGAACUGUUUCGUAUCCUUGUCAUGGAGCAGCUGGCACUCUCCCUCAUGGAGGUUGGUGACAUGCAAGAAGAAGAUGAGGUCACUGCUACCCCAAGAUCCAAGAAAGUCGCACAAGUUAAAAAUGUUUUGCCAGAGUCUGCGCAAGGUGUUGAGUACCGCGUGUUGUAUCACAAGGCUGUAGAAGCGUUUGUUUGUACAAGUGAAGUCAGCUUCAGGACGCUACUCAAGGAAUUCCACGAUCAUCAGAUGAUUGAAAGCAGAAAGGAUGCUAUGGGCACAGAAAGGUUAUGGGUGCCUUUUAGACAAGAAGAGUUGGAGGGUCUUGGGAGGAUCUCGCUGGAGAAGCAUUUUGAUCGGUGUAUACCUUAA